AUGCCUGAGAAAGAGAAAGAGAAAGAGAAAGAGAAAGAGAAAGAGAAAGAGAAAGAGAAAGAGAAAGAGAAAGAGAAAGAGAAAGAGAAAGAGAAAGAGAAAGAGAAAGAGAAAGAGAAAGAGAAAGAGAAAGAGAAAGAGAAAGAGAAAGAGAAAGAGAAAGAGAAAGAGAAAGAGAAAGAGAAAGAGAAAGAGAAAGAGAAAGAGAAAGAGAAAGAGAAAGAGAAAGAGAAAGAGAAAGAGAAAGAGAAAGAGAAAGAGAAAGAGAAAGAGAAAGAGAAAGAGAAAGAGAAAGAGAAAGAGAAAGAGAAAGAGAAAGAGAAAGAGAAAGAGAAAGAGAAAGAGAAAGUAGUGGAGAGUGAGAGUGAGAGUGAGAGUGAGAGCGAGAUCGAGAGUGAGAGUGAGACUGAGACUGAGACUGAGACUGAGACUGAGACUGAGACUGAGACUGAGACUGAGACUGAGACUGAGACUGAGACUGAGACUGACAGUGACAGUGAGAGUGAGAGUGAUAGUGAGACGGAGACGGAGAGUGAGAGUGAGAGUGAGAGUGAGAGUGAGAGUGAGAGUGAGAGUGAGAGUGAGAGUGAGAGUGAGAGUGAGAGUGAGAGUGAGAGUGAGAGUGAGAGUGGGAGCUAA